AUGGCUCCAUCAGAAGCAUCCAUUCUUAGCAAUUUCCUGCUAUCUCCAGCUUCUUUGCCCACAAUUAUCUCCUUGCAACAAUUCACGGAACUCUUUCCAAAGCGCUUGCGCUCUCAUCCACACAUCAGAGCUCUUUACCGGGAGCUGCAGCAACUCCGAGAGCAAGACAUGGAUUUGGUCAAUGGAAACAUUGACCAAGAACUCCGUCAAGGGGAGAGCCAAAAAGCAGAACUUCGCAAAUCCAUCCUAAACACCGGUGUGGAUGGUAUGAGCGCCAGUGAUCAAUGCGAAAUUGAUACGGAUAUCCAGUUAUUUGGCCAGACAUCCACCGCUGCGCCCAGCGAUUACCAUUCAGUGUCGAGUCUCCUCUCUGCGAUGGAGACAGCCUGUGCUAAUGUUGAACACGAAAUUUCUGGGGUUGAUAAAGACGCAAGCACUCUUCUUUCAGAGCUUGACCUCACAGUAGGCGAAUUGAGUGAUCUGCGCUACGGUAAAACGCAAGGUCCUGUGGGGACAACAAGCGAAGACAUGAUGAAUGAAACUAUCAAUGGCCUGGAACAUCUUGAGAAUGCUUGCUACCGUAAAUCGUGA